AUGGCGGUCUCGAUAUCUGCUCUCUCUUUCGAACACCACCGGCAGGCACUUGGCAUCGCCGAGGCAACACCUCGUGUAUCAUGGAGGUUCGAGGGAGAUGCCGUCGAUUGGGAACAAUCAGGAUACGAUUUGGAGAUCACACGAGGGCCUGACGGCGUUCCCAAGAUCUACAACACACCCGAUUCCUCUGAAUCUGUUUUGGUCCCGUGGCCCGAUGAGGCACUUUCUAGUGCAGAGUCAGCAAAAGUCCGAGUACGGUCGCACGGUAAAGAAGGACAAAUAUCGACAGACUGGUCGGAAUACCACUCUGUUGAGGCUGGCCUGCUAAGCCCCGGAGAUUGGAACGGCGCAGUGCCUAUUGCGGCCGAUAGAGCCACAGAGGUGGACUCUGCAAAGCGACCGGUUCUGUUCAGGAAGGGUUUUGACGUCGAUGCCGAGGUUGCAUCAGCACGUCUCUAUAUCACUGCUCUUGGGCUAUACGUCGCCGAGCUCAACGGCGAAAGGGUUGGAGACCAUCAGCUUGCGCCUGGCUACAUGUCAUAUCAGUUCAGACAUACGUACGACACUUACGACGUGACCGAGCUUAUCCAACAGGGAAACAAUGCCAUCGGAAUCACAAUUGGAGAGGGGUUCUGGGCCGGGCGAUUCGGUUUCAAUGACCAACGAAACAUCUGGGGAGAUACGCUCGGUGUUCAAGCUUUGCUGGUUGCUGCCUUGAAGGAUGGCAGUACGUUUACAGUGAAGACGGACCCCAUCUCCGACUGGCAUGCCACCGCGGAAGGUCCGAUCAUUUCUUCCAAUAUCUACGACGGUGAAUUUUACGAUUUCUCUGAGGAGACACCUGAUUGGUCGACUGGAAACUUUGACGACAGCAAUUGGCUGGGAGUCAAAGAAUUACCUGCUCUAGCCGGCCGUCUUACAGCGCCCGAUGGCGCCCCUAUGCGGAAGCUCCUGGAGCUCGAGCCGCAGAGCAUCUCCACAACUCAGAGUGGAAGAACGGUCAUUGACUUUGGUCAGAACCUUGUUGGCUGGUUGAACAUAAACGUCUCUGGCCCUGCUGGUACGAAUAUCACCUUCAGACAUGCCGAGGUGUUGUUGCCGGAUGGCGACAUCGCUACGGAACCCCUCAGAACAGCUAAGCAGACCGAUACUGUGAUUCUCGCCGGAAAUACCACCGUUUUUUGGGAGCCACACUUCACAUACCACGGAUUCCGCUAUGUCGAAGUGACGGGUUGGCCAGCGGACAGUACCAGUCUGGACGCAUCAAGCAUCAGAGCCCAAGUCGUCUUCAGCGAUAUGGAACGAACAGGCUAUUUCGAGUCUUCGCACGAUCUGCUCAACAAGUUCCACGAAAAUGUAAUCUGGAGAUGGACCGGCGACGCUCAUGCUUUUGCACCUACGGCGAACUACCUUUACGAUGCCUCGGGUUUCUGGCGCGCCUGGCUAAGAGACGUCUGGUCAGAAACGGACGCUGAUCCUGAGAAAGCUGCGCCGGAGAUUGUCCCCACGAACCUUCUCGAGGUCAGCAGUGGCAGCUUUCCUCGGCGGCCUGUGGCUGUGUGGGGAGACGUCAUUGUUGGCAAUCCCUGGGCGUUGUUCCAGGCCACAGGCGAUCUGGGAAUGCUGGAAGAGCAGUACGAGGGCGCGCGCACGUGGAUCGAUCAGGGCAUCCCACGGAACGAAGCCGGCCUUUGGAAUAGAUCAACCUUCCAGUAUGGAGACUGGCUCGAUCCAAAGGCGCCCGAAAGUGAUCCGGCCCGCGCGACCACGCACAAAUAUCUCAUUGCAGAUGCGUACCUUAUACAGAUGACACGUCUUCUGUCCAACAUCAGUGCCGCGCUUGGCAGGGUCGAUGAAGCUGAGAGAUACGCCUCUGAUCGACUGAAUCUGAUUUCGGCUUUCCACGAAGCCUGGAUUGAGCCUUAUGAUGGUCUGAUCGCGAACGUCACCCAAUCGGCCCUCGCUCUCGGCAUCCGUUUCGAUAUUUUCGACGCCGAAGCUCGUCCUCGCGCUGCAGAGGCUCUCAACAGCAUCAUUGCGAACAAUUCUUACCUGGUUGGUACUGGUUUUGCUGGCACACAACAGCUUGGUUUUGCGCUAAGCUCUGUCAACUCGACUUCCACUUUCUACAACAUGUUACUGCAGACACAGGUGCCUUCUUGGUUGUACCAGGUGGUCAUGGGCGGGACAACUACAUGGGAGCGUUGGGACAGUUUACUGCCGAACGGUACCAUCAACGGAAGUGGAAUGACAAGCUUCAACCAUUAUGCAUUUGGAAGCGUAGCAGAUUGGAUCCACCACAAGAUCGGAGGUUUGGCACCAGCUGUACCUGGCUGGAAAGUGGUGCGCGUUGCACCGAAGCCUGGCGGGGGGGUCACCAAUGCUGAUGCGAGUUACCUGAGUCCUUAUGGGAAACGUGAAGAUAUUCCCAGAUCAAUUGCGUUUUAUAAAAAGGUCCUGCUGCCCAUGGGAAUCACAUACGUCUUCGACUACGACGGAAAGAGCGCGCCUUUCGGCCAUCCGAACCUGCACGGGUUCGGCAGAGACGGCCGUAUGUUCUUCUGGCUUAGACAAGGCACGUCUGGCAACACCGGCGGCACCCAUGUUGGCUUUGCAGCCAAGAGCAAGACAGAGGUCGACUCGUGUUACGAAGCAGCGAUCAGCGAUGGAGCAACACCGAACGAUUCUAUGGGCGGCCCGCCUGGUGCCAGGACUUGGUACGACCCUCAGGGGGAAUACUACGCAGCCAAUGUGUUGGAUCCAGAUGGGUACAGCCUUGAGUUCACCUACAAGAGCUUCCAGCAUCCUGCGCCAGGAACAGACUGA